AUGGGGAGGAACGGGAGCCACGGAAAACCUCGUGAGCUUUGCCAGGCCAAAUACAACAGUGAUGUCCACCUGGGCCAAGGCUUUGGGGAGCACACCCCUUUACUCAGGAGCGGCCUGCAGAAUCUGACGAGGACCCUGGGGCUGAACCUUCAAGCUAGUCCUGACAGCUGUGGCCAACAAGGAAGGCAGGAGGGAGAAGCUGCAAAUGUUGCUUACACUGGGGUCUGCUUUCCCUGUGAGGGGCCAGCCCUGGGCAGCUGGGUCUUUUACUGUCUGGGGGCUCAGCUGCCCUGGGGGACUGGAAAUGAGGACCUGUCUGACUCCCAAGGCUGGGAGACCCCAGGGCGAGGGGGACAGUUUGGGCGGCAGCCGGCUUUGGAAUUCACUUACAGCCCUGUCAGAAUCAGAUGUGGUUUGCGCCUAAGCUCUGGCACCGGCUCUGGGCUGCUGCCGGCCCUAGCCCCGCCUUCCCUGCGGCCGGCACACACCACAGCCCCGCCCGCGGCAGGAUGGCACCAGACACUCACCCACCAGAUCUCCUUCUACCAGCUGGAAGUGGCUUUGGGGUUUAUGGAGCAAGACGGAACUGUAAAGUCAGUCAUUCUCAUGGGCCAGAAUAAAGUCAGCACCCCACACCCACCCCAGCCAAAGGAGCCUUCUAGAGAGCCCCCAACCCCUCCCCCAACCCACCCCCCAACCAGACGUCCACCCACUGAGCUGUCUGCGCUCACCUUACCCGCCCACAUUAAGGACAUGAAGGACCCGCUGCUGAAGCUCUACACAGGCAUUCGUGGUCACUGUGGCUGA